AUGGCAGAUCAGCUACUCGAGCAAGUGCGCGACGCCGUCGAGGGCCAGAUUGACUUCGAGGGACAACGCCUUGCUGAGCUGCUCACUACAGUCCUACUCGGCGCAGCUGGCAUCAUCGCCUUCCUCGUUGGCUUCAUGACGCAAGAUAUCCGACUGUCGCUCUACGUUGGCCUCGCCGGCACCGCGCUCACCUUUCUCGUCGUCGUACCACCGUGGCCAUUCUACAACAAGAACCCCGAGGGCUGGUUACCGCCGCACAACGCGACAUCAGGGUUCAGCAUCGACGUGGACGGGCAGAAGGUGGGUUAG